CAGGAACAGAAAGAAGGGCCUGCGAGAAAGAGGUGGGGAGAGCAGCCUGGCAGCUUGGGCACCAGCAUGAGUGGACGAGAGAGGGCAAAGGAGUGGGGGAGCAGGAGGACAAGAGCCAGUUAGCCCCAAACCCCACUGCAGCGAAGGACACUAAAGGACUCUGAGCGAAGUGACUGGGAAACAGUUGGGGGCUGUGGAAGCAGAGAGCUCAGCUCUAGGUCAAGUCUGAGCAGCUUCUCCCAAGGCUGCAGCCCCAAGGGAAGGACCCUCUCAAAGACGUCCCCCCAGGGGUGUCCGGAAGGUGGCCGGCCUGCAGCCCAGCCUGGCUUCCACUUACUCCUCUCACUGCUGCUGUUUCAAAAUCAACUGGUCCUGAUUUCAAAGGCUCAGGAUGCAGGCCCUUGUGCUACUCCUCUGGACCGGAGCCCUGCUAGGGCAUGGCAGCUGCCAGAACAUCGCCAGCAGUGCGGAGGCCUCCCAGACCCCCGAGAGCACGGGGGAGCCAGUGGAGGAGGAGGACCCCUUCUUCAAGGUUCCUGUGAACAAGCUGGCAGCAGCCGUCUCCAACUUUGGCUAUGACCUGUACCGGCUAAGAUCCAUCGAGAGCCCCACCGCCAACGUGCUGCUGUCUCCGCUCAGCCUGGCCACAGCGCUCUCCGCCCUUUCGCUGGGAGCAGAACAGCGAACAGAAUCCACCAUUCACCGGGCUCUCUACUAUGACAUGAUCAGCAACUCUGACAUCCACAGCACCUACAAGGAACUCCUUGCCACGGUCACUGCCCCCCAGAAGAACAUGAAGAGUGCUUCCCGGAUUGUCUUUGAGAGGAAGCUGCGGAUAAAAGCCAGCUUUGUCGCACUACUGGAAAAGUCAUAUACGACCAGGCCCAGAAUCCUGACCGGCAACCCUCGAAUUGACCUUCAAGAGAUUAACAACUGGGUGCAGUCCCAGAUGAAAGGGAAAAUCGCCAGGUCUACCAAGGAAGUGCCCAGUGGAAUCAGCAUUCUCCUCCUUGGCGUGGCUUACUUUAAGGGGCAAUGGGUAACAAAAUUUGACUCCAGAAAGACUUCUCUCCAGGAUUUCCACUUGGAUGAGGAGAGGACUGUGAAAGUCCCCAUGAUGUCAGACCCCAAGGCUGUUAUACGCUAUGGCUUGGAUACUGAUCUCAACUGCAAGAUUGCCCAGCUGCCCUUGACUGGAAGCAUGAGUGUCAUCUUCUUCCUGCCUGUGAGGGCAACCCAGAAUUUGACCCUGAUAGAAGAGAGCCUCACUUCUGAGUUUGUUCAUGACAUAAACCGAGAACUGAAGACUGUCCAAGCGGUCCUGAGCAUUCCCAAGCUGAAGCUGAGUUUUGAAGGCGAAGUUACCAAGUCUCUGCAGGAGAUGAAGCUGCAAUCCUUGUUUGAGUCACCCGACUUUAGCAAGAUCACAGGCAAGCCUAUCAAGCUUACGCAAAUGGAACACCGAGUUGGUUUUGAGUGGAAUGAGGAUGGGGCGGCAGGAACUACCGCCAACCCAGUCCUCCAGCCUGCCCGCCUCACAUUCCCCCUGCACUACCACCUGAACCAACCUUUCAUCUUCGUCCUGAGGGACACGGAUACGGGGGCUCUUCUCUUCAUAGGCAAAAUUCUGGACCCCAGAGGUACUUAAUUAAUGGUCCAGUACUUCAGAAAAAACCCCAGAGGGAUGGCAGUUUAUAUAUUAGAAGAGGGCAACCCCUAUAGUUUCAAUGUAUACUUUGCAAUAAAAGAGCUUUACCCUUAA